AAAAAGACUUAUGGCAUAUGCCCUUGCUUUAAUAAAAAGAACACAAAUCAGAUGAAGGAAAAAGAAAUCCCUAGUUCUAUAAAAGAUCGAAUUAGAGAAGCACCGGAAGCAGAAAUUGCUAAGACCAAAAAAAAUGUCGGGACAGCAAGAGGAAGAUAAGAAGCCCGGCGACCAAUCGGCCGCCCAUAUCAACCUCAAAGUCAAAGGCCAGGAUGGGAAUGAAGUUUUCUUCAGGAUCAAAAGAACCACACAACUGAAGAAGCUUAUGAAUGCAUAUUGUGAUCGUCAGUCUGUGGAUUUCAACUCAAUUGCUUUCUUGUUUGAUGGUCGUCGCCUGCGAGGCGAGCAAACUCCUGAUGAGCUGGAAAUGGAGGAUGGUGAUGAGAUUGAUGCCAUGCUGCACCAAACUGGUGGCACAAAUGCUUUUACCAUGUUCUCAUUUGUGUGAAAGCAAGUUUUAUUUACCCUUUUUUAGGAUUUAAAGGGAGAGUUAUUGUCUGAUUAUGUGUAGAUGUUAUAUAAAGACUUAUUGCCCUGGAGUGUUAUUGACUUGUCUUGUUCUGAAAUGUCUAGCUCUUGAAGAAAGAGCUUUAAUGAUUCCUGUUUGCCAAAUGAGAUGGGACGCGAAACUUCUUUAUCAAUAUGUUUGUUUUGAUA